ACUGGAUCUCUCUAUUUUUUUUUUACUUUAUUUGCAGUUUUUUUUUUUUUUUGAAGAAGCUAAAUUAGCCCACCCAAAUUGGCGCCAGAGAGAAUCGAACCUCAGACCUUAAGAGGAGCUUUAUUUGCAGUGUUGACUAUUUUUUAUUACUCAAAGUUGACUAAAUUUAUAUACAUACUAUUUUUCUUAAAAACAAUUUAUGUAAUAGGUAAAAUUGGAAGAAAAUAUGUUUGACCAAAUUUUUUUAUCUUUUAAUAUAGAUUAUCUGAAAAAUUAAAUUAUUUAAUCAAAUAAAGAAAGAUUGAAUUUUAUAUAAAUAAUUUAUAAAAAGGUUAAAAUUGUAAAGAAAAAAUUCACACAAAAUUUGUAUUUUAUUUAUAUAUAAUAUAGGUAGCUUAUAGCUAUCAUUAGUCAAUUACACAGCAGCACCUACUAUUCUCUUUUCUCUCGAAAGUCAGAUUAUUUGUGCAUUUAAUCUUCAUCUUCAAUAUGCCAAGCAAAUCACAGGUUAUUACAUGCAAAGCUGCAAUAUGUUGGGGGGUAGGAAAAGCAGUGACAGUGGAAGACAUACAAGUAGAUCCACCAAAGGCAACAGAAGUUAGAGUUAAUAUGCUUUGUGCUAGUCUCUGCCACACAGACAUCUCAAGCAUUCAAGGAUUUCCACAUAAUAAAUUCCCCCUAGCACUUGGACAUGAAGGAGUUGGUGUUAUAGAGAGUGUUGGUGAUGAAGUGACAAAUCUUAAAGAAGGAGAUAUUAUAAUUCCAACAUAUGUAGGGGAGUGUCAAGAAUGUGAGAAUUGUGUUUCAGGGAAAACAAAUCUUUGUCUUACAUACCCUGUGAGAUUCACUGGCCUAAUGCCUGAUAAUACUUCAAGGUUGUCGAUUCGAGGCAAGAGACUAUAUCAUGUUUUGAGUUGUGCUACAUGGUCAGAGUAUGUGGUUGUUGAUGUCAACUACCUUCUCAAAGUUGAUCCAGCCAUUAAUUUAGCAUAUGCUAGUUUCAUCUCAUGUGGGUUUGCAACUGGUUAUGGAGCUGCUUGGAAGGAAGCUAAGGUUAAAAGUGGUUCAAGUGUUGCUGUUUUUGGUCUUGGAGCUGUUGGAUUAGGGGCUAUAAGUGGAGCCAAAAUGAUGGGAGCAAGUAAGAUAAUUGGGGUUGACAAAAAUGAGAUGAAGAGAGAAAAAGCAGAAGCUUUUGGACUAACACACUUUAUAAAUCCAAGUGAUUCUAAUAAAUCUGCUUCAGAAUUGAUCAAAGAAUUGAGUGGUGGAAUGGGUGUGGAUUACUCUUUUGAGUGCACUGGAGUUCCUUCUUUACUUAAUGUAUCAGUUGAAGUCACAAAAUUAGGAACAGGUAAAACAAUGGCUAUUGGUACAGGAGUUGAAAAUAUAGUACCAUUAGAUCUUCUUGCCAUUAUAUUUGGUAGAAAAUUGAAAGGUUCUAUUUUUGGAGGACUGAAAACCACAUCAGACCUUUCCAUCAUAGCUGACAAAUGCCAGAAAGAGGAAUUCCCUCUUCAAGAACUGUUCACCCAUGAGGUACCAUUGAUAGAAAUAAACAAGGCAUUUGAGUUAUUGAAGCAACCUAAUUGUGUCAAAGUUGUCAUCAAGAUGAUGUGAUAUGUUUCUAGCAAGACUAUCUUUAACAAAGGCAAAGAAGACUCACAUUCAAACGAGAAAGGAUUCCCUUCCGUGAACAAGAUUCCACUCGAUCCCUCCUUUCACCGGAGAGGAUCCGGUCUCCAUUCAACUCCAUCCGAUUUUUUUAAAAAAAAUUAUGAUUAAAUAUGUUAUUUCUAUAGAUUAUCCUCUUUUAAAUUUUUCUUCAUUUCAAUUA